AUGGGGGGUCUAGGCCUACUGAACACCAAGAAGAUGAAUAUUGCUCUUUUUCUGAAGUGGGUUUGGAGGCUUUACCUGGAAGAUGAUGCUAUCUGGGCUAAGAUCGCACGAGCCAAAUACACGGACGCCGACAACCUUUUUGCCGGAUCAGGUCAGGGUGGAUCGCCGUUUUGGAAAAGCAUGCACAAGAUCAAACACUACUUCACCUUGGGGACGAAGCUCACAUUGCACAAUGGAGCCCGUACUAGGUUCUGGUUAGAUUGGUGGACAGGGGUAGCCCCUUUGAAAGAUUGCUUCCUCUCCUUGUUUGCUAUUUGCGAAGACCCAGAGGUGCUUGUGGCGCAGUACUUUGUCAACAACGAGCUUGCUAUUCGCCUUUGCCGCUCGCUUGAUCCGAUUGGUAUGGAGCAGUGGAGGGUGCUACGUCGGCUGGUGGCAGAUGUGAACUUGGGAGGGGGACCCGACCAAGUCUCCUGGCACCUCAACAGCUCCGGGCUCUUCUCGGUCAAGUCCAUGUACACCAAACUGUCGCAAGGGGCGACGGUGGUAUAUCAGAAAGAUCUCUGGUCCGCGGCUGUUCCAUUGAAGAUUAAGAUUUUUUCCUGGCAGCUCGCGCUAGAUAAGCUACCCUCCAGCAGUCAGAUAGUGAUUCGACAGGGACCAUCGGAUGGGCUGUGCGCCCUAUGCGGUGGCUUCGAGGAUGCAUCACACAUUUUCUUCGCUUGCUCGCUUGCUCGUUUUGCCUGGAGCGUGCUAAGACAACUGCUUGGCUGCAAUUGGAACCCAUCUAACUUCGCCGCAGUUUCACCAUAUUCUUUCUAG